AGAGAAGAUUCAAUAACUGAAAACAGCCAUGGAGUGGAAAGUGCUUCCUAUUCACCUGCUGGUGUUUUGUCUUUUCUUGAUACAAGUUUCUUCUCAAGAUUUACCAAGCUGUGCAGGGAGAUGUGGGGAAGGGUAUACUAGAGAUGCCGCCUGCAACUGUGAUUAUAACUGUCAAUACUACAUGGAGUGCUGUCCUGAUUACAAGAAAGUCUGCACUGUGGAGCUUUCCUGUAAAGGCCGUUGCUUUGAGUCGUUUGCCAGAGGGAGAGAGUGUGACUGUGACGCCGCCUGUAAGAAGUACGGCAAGUGCUGUUCGGAUUAUGAGGACUUCUGUGAAGAAAUACAUAAUCCAACCACACCACCACCACCUCCAAAGACUCCACGGCCAUCUCCAAAGACUCCACGGCCACCUCCAGAAGCUCAAACCGUCAAAUCAACAACUAAACGUUCCCCGAAAACUCCCAAGAAGAGGACCCCUGACAAAGUGGUAGAAUCAGAGGAAAUAACAGAAGAACAUUCUGUUUCUGAAAAUCAGGAAUCCUCCUCUUCCUCUUCUUCUUCCUCUUCAACUGUUCGGAAAACCAAGUCUUCUAAAAAUUCAGCUGCUAAUACAGCACCCAAGAAGAAACCCAAAGCUAAAGAUUCAAAGAAGAAGAGAACCCCCAAAGACAAGCCUACUCCAGCGCCUCCAGUUGUAGAUGAUGCAGGAAGUGGAUUAGACAAUGGACCUUUCAAGCCCACUGCUGCUCCUGACACUGAUGUUCCUACCUCCCAGCCCAAUAAAGUCACCACAACAUUCAAAAUGACAACAGCAGCACCUCCAGUAACCUCCAAGGACAGUAAUAAGGUCACGUCUAAAGAGACAGCUACCACGACUGAAAAGGAGACAUCAACAGCUGCUAAAGAGACAUCAGUUGUAACAAAAGAGGUGACUAGUACAGAUAAACAGACCUCAACUACAGCUAAAGAGACAACUACUUCAGCAAAAGAAACACUGACCACAGAGACAAUGACAGCUGUUAAAGACCCUAAUCCCACACCUAAGGAUCCAAAGCCCACACCCAAGGACCCUGAGCCUACACCUAAGGAGCCUAAGCCUACACCUGAGGAUCCUAAACCCACACCCAAAGACCCCAAACCUACACCUGAGAACACUAAACCUACACCCGUGGACCCUAAGCCCACACCCAAAGACCCCAAACCGACACCCGAGGACCCUAAGCCCACACCCAAAGACUCCAAACCGACACCCGAGGACCCUAAGCCCACACCCAAAGACCUCAAACCUAAACCUGAGGACCCUAAGCCCACACCCAAAGACCCCAAACCUAAACCUGAGGACCCUAAGCCCACACCCAAAGACCCCAAACCUAAACCUGAGGACCCUAAGCCCACACCCAAAGACUCCAGACCUACACCCAAGGAACCUAAGCCCACACCCAAAGACCCCAAACCUACACCUGAAGACCCUAACCCUAUACCUGAGGACCCUAAACCUACACCUGAGGACCCUAAGCCCACACCCAAAGACCCCAAACCAACACCCGAGGACCCUAAGCCCACACCCAAAGACCCCAAACCUAAACCUGAGGAUCCUAAGCCCACACCCAAAGACUCCAAACCUACACCCGAGGAACCUAAGCCCACACCCAAAGAUCCCAAACCUACACCUGAGGACCCUAAACUUACACCUGAGGACCCUAAGCCCACACCCAAAGACUCCAAACCUAAACCUGAGGACCCUAAGCCCACACCCAAAGAUCCCAAACCUAUACCUGAAGACCCUAAACCUAUACCUGAGGACCCUAAACCUACACCUGAGGACCCUAAGCCCACACCCAAAGACCCCAAACCUAAACCCGAGGACCUUAAGCCCACACCCAACGACCCUAAACCGACACCUGAAGAACUUAAGCCCACACCCAAAGACCCCAAACCUACACCUGAGGACCCUAAGCCUGCAUCCAAAGAUCCCAAACCUACACCUGAGGACCCUAAGCCCACAUCCAAAGACUCUAAACCCACACCCAAAGACCCUAAACUUACACCUAAGGACCCUGAGCCUACACCUGAGGACCCUGCACCUUUCCCCAAAGAUGCAACUUCUGCACCUACUAUAUCUGAAGUGACUACAAUUGCUGAGGAUAAAGUAAUGGAAAAAGAUACACCUACUCCAAAAAUUACAACUGUUCCACCUAAGGUGACAAGUACAACCACUAAAGUGACAACGAGAACAGUCAGUUCACCAAAAGUGACAACUAAAGUGACAACUACUACAGCUAAAGCAACGACUACUGCCACCAAAGUGACAACUACUACUGCUAAAGAGACAACUACCAAAGCCGAAGAAACAGCGACUGUAUCUGAUGAUAAAACUCCUUCUCCUAAAGUGACGACUCCUACACCUAAAAAGCCAACUCCUAAGGUGACAACGACAACAACCAAAAUGACAACAACAACCACCAAAGCAACAAGUGCUGCACCGGAUGAGACCACUGCUGCCCCCAAAGUGACCCCUAAGCCUAAAACGACAACUGUCCCUAAAGUGACAACACAGAAGACAACCACCACAACAAAAGAGACAACAACAACCAAAGAUGAAACUACUGCUACCCCCAAAGUGACCCCUAAGCCUAAAGUGACCACAACUGUCCCUAAAGUGACAACACAGAAGACAACCACCACAACAAAAGAGACAACCACAACCAAAGAUGAAACUACUGCUACCCCCAAAGUGACCCCUAAGCCUAAAGUGACCACAACUGUCCCUAAAGUGACAACACAGAAGACAACCACCACAACAAAAGAGACAACCACAACCAAAGUGACAACUGCUGUACCAGAUGAGACCACUCCUGUCCCCAAAGUGACCCCUAAGCCUAAAGUGACAACAACUGUCCCUAAAGUGACAACAUCGAAACCAAUGAAAACAACCACCCCAACAAAAGAAACAACCACAAAAGCUAAGGAAACAACUGUUGUAACAAAAGACAGAACUACUCCUUUGCUUCCAACUCCUGAUCCUAAAAUGACCAAUAAGAAGACCACCCCUGCACCUAAGGAACCAGUAACUACACCCAAAAUCAUAACUACAACUGAAGAGACAUCAACAGCAACUGAACUGAACUCUACGCCAUUGGCUGAGACUAUACUUCAAACCACUCCUGGACCCAACAGAAGGCCAGAUUCUGAAAUCACAAGCUCUCUUACCAUAAAAGAAGUCACUCCAAAAAAUGAAAAUUUAAACAUUUUUGAGCAGAAGCCUUACUUGAAUCCUAGGCCUCCUGUGUUUAUUCCAAUAGGUAUCCCAGGUUCUAGCAUCUACGGGGGAAGACCCAGUCAAGGCAUUAUCAACAUCCCAAUGCUUUCAGAUGAGACUAACUUAUGCAAUGGGAAGCCAGUAGAUGGACUGACUACUUUGCGCAAUGGGACAAUGGUUGCAUUUCGAGGUCAUUAUUUCUGGUUGCUGAAUCCAUUCACUCCACCAUCACCAGCUCGGAGAAUUACUGAGGUUUGGGGUAUCCCUUCUCCCAUUGACACUGUUUUUACUAGAUGUAACUGUGAAGGAAAAACUUUCUUUUUUAAGGAUUCUCAGUACUGGCGAUUCACCAAUGAUGUAAAAGAUCCAGGUUAUCCUAAACCAAUUGUUAAAGGAUUUGGAGGUCUAAAUGGGAAAAUAGUGGCAGCUUUAUCAAUAGCAAAAUACAAAAACAGGCCGGAAUCUGUGUAUUUUUUCAAGAAAGGUGGCACCAUUCAACAGUAUACUUACCAACAGGAACCAACUAAAAAGUGUUCUAGAAGAAAAUCCCCUAUAAACUAUUCAGUUUAUGGAGAACCCACCCAAGUCAGGAGGCGUCGCUAUGAACGGGCUCUUGUUCCCUCCCAAACACAUACCAUUAGAAUAAGCUAUUCACCUGUCAGAGUCACUUAUCAAAAAGGUCUCCUGCAUAAUGAAGCUAAAGUGAAUACGGUAUGGAGAGGUCUUCCAAACAUGGUUACCUCAGCUAUAGCAUUGCCUAACAUUAGAAAACCUGAUGGUUAUGAUUACUAUGCCUUUUCUAAAGAUCGAUAUUACAACAUUGAUGUGCCUAGCAGAACAGCAAACUUAAUCGUCACCCGUACAGGACAGACGUUAUCCAACGCCUGGUAUAAAUGUCCUUAAGUCUGAUUUCAAAAGAUAUAAAAAACUUAAAGAAAAUAAUAUUUUAACACGAAAAUGAUUUUAUUAAUAAAGAUGUUGAAAUGUGUGCAUACCAA